AGGUUACAUCUUUUCUUUUAAGUAAGGUUACUUCAUCCCCCAAAACCACCAAAAACAAUAAACCAAACACCCACUACCACAAGUCCACCCCUGGAAAAGAAAGUUGAAAAACAUUCAAACCACUUGGGAGCACAAAGAAGAUUCAAAGAGAGCACAGGGAAAAGAAAUCCUACAACACCAUUGAUAAGGUCAUCAUACAAACAAAGAACAAGCUCAAGAGCAAAAGAACUCAAAGAUCAGAAGAAGAAAAAAGAACUGAUCAAAAAGAACACAAAAACAAGAAAAUCUUUUGGAAAUCGCAUGUCGUCUGAGAAUAUUGAUGGGAGAUUGAGAAAGAGGCAAAAUGGUUCAGACUCCCUAGAGGAGAGACUGCUCAUGUGGAAGAACUAUCACAGCCAAAUCCAAAUUGAUUCCACCAAGGAAAUCGGACUCAACCGGAGAAGAAAGGGUCCUUCCAAGGGAUUGAAAAGGGGUUGUAUGCAAGGGAAAGGUGGGACAGAGAAUCCGGGCUGCAUGUAUAGAGGAGUUAGGCAGAGAACUUGGGGGAAAUGGGUUGCAGAGAUUCGUGAACCCAUUUAUGAUAGCUGUCAACUGAGGAAGAAGGCGAAUCGACUCUGGCUUGGGACUUUUUCUGCAUCUGUUGAUGCUGCUCAUGCUUAUGAUGAGGCUGCAAUGGCUAUGUAUGGCUCUGCUGCUAUACUCAAUUUUCCCAACUACCAUAAAAUGCCGUUGGACUUUUGUAAUGAUCAAUUGUAUCUGAUUACAGAGGAACCAAAGGUUAGUCAGAGUGAGCAUUUCAAUAGCAUUGAAGUAGUGUCACCGACAAAAAGUGAAGUAGAGAAAGAAAAAAUUGCAGAAGCUAACUAUUCAUGUAGUGUUAGUGACUACAAUCACAAAGAUGAUGGCUUGAAAGACUUGAAAGAAUUGAAAAAAGAAACAGAAACAACAAACCAACCUUUUGGGGAUAUUAGCAGUGAUGACUUUGUGUUCAGACAAGAUCAAUUUGGCUCUUUUGAUGAGCCUUUGGGGUACCAAGGUCAACUUGAUUCCUUGGAGACCUUGUUAAUGGAAGAUGAAAUUGAGAUUCAGUCUCCUGGGCCAACUGACACGGAUAACAAUGAGUUAUUGAGUGAUGGUCAUUUCCUGAAUCGAACACAAUCCAAUCUUUAUCACCUUUUGGAGAAGGCAGAGCAAAGCGAAUACAUGGGUAAUUUACAGCUUCAAAAGUAUGAAACACAAAAUUACGAGUAUAAUUAUGAUACGAUAACAGAAGAAAUGUUUGAUUUCAAGCCUUCCGGAACUUCUGUUACUCAUAACCCUGGAUUACAGCAAGAGGGAAACUAUGAUACCGGUUAAUAUGGGUUUUCUAGUAAGAACCUGUCACAAUGGGAAAGGCCUCACGGUGUCGUGUGUGAGUUGUGUGUGAGUUGCAUAAAGCGGACACCAAGCUGCCGGGAAAUUCAGAGGGUACAGAAAACUACGUACACUAGAACCUCAUCAUGUAGCAAAGUCGAAAAGCUGCACAUUUUCAUUUGUGUUCAUGAAGUAAGAGAAUUUCAGUCUAAGGUUUUUCCAUUUGUAAAUUAUGGUUUUAUCAAUGUAAGUUUCCAAUUUUGGUUGGCUGUAUCUCUUUACUUGCUGAGAAGAUCAGAUGUACAAAAAAUAACAGGAGCUAGAAUAUGUGAACUUUUGAAUUCCAAUCAAAUUAUGCUUUAA